AAACAUAACUAGCAAUGUCUACCUGUAAACACCUGGAAGUUUAAACUGGAAGAGACCUGAAGCAUAACAGAAAUCAUGCUGAUAACUCACAGUAAGCUGAUCAUCACAGUAAGGAUUAUAGACUAAAGGUGAUCCCUGUAUUAAGAAACGUCAGUAACCAUCACAGGCUGUGAGGCCCACGUCAUUUGUGUAUUAUGAGAGGCCAGUAACAUUCAGUAGGUGGAAUCUCACCCAUCGCAUGUCUGUUAACAUAUAUAGAUAAUGCUAAAACUAGCAAAAAUGGCAGAAAAGGCGAUUUCUUUCUAUAAAGGACAGAUAGUGGUUCGCAGCCAGGAUCAAACUAGAUGUGUACACCACAAAAGCGAGAUCUUGGAUUGGUUUUGUGAGACAUGUUAUGACGUCAUAUGUGCCAAAUGUGUGUCCACUUCACACAAAGGUCAUGACAAUAUCCUACUUAGUGAAGUUACUCUCGACAACAAACGUAAGAUAAAAUCAUUCAUAAAUGAAACGGAGCAAAAAGAGCUGAUUGGAAUUCAACAGGAAAUCAUUUCAACACAGCACAGUCUGGAUGAAGACUUGAACCAUUUCGAGAGUGUAGCGGAAGAAGUAAAAGAGCAAGGGGAGAAACUUAAGAAGGAUAUUGAUGUUUUGAUAUCAGAAACACUAUCUCGGUUGAAACAUCUAGAAGAAGAAAAUACUAAACUGCUCACCAGUUACAGCACUGAACUUGAGAAAAUACUAGCAGACCUAAAGGAACAACUAACACACUGUAAGGAAACUCUUCAGACAGGCACAGAUAUCCAGGUGUUUAACCUUUCAAAAGGACUUCAGACAAAUAUCACCUUACCUGAAAAACCAAAGUUAGGUUCUGCCAAAUUCACCCCAAACAACAGAAGGAAUAUAAUCUUGAAGGAGGCAUUUGGAAAAGUUUCCCUGAGACCAUCGGAACAGUCUCAGUCCACUACCGGCCCUGACCAGUCAGAUGAAACAUCAGUUGAUGAUAACCCGCUACCUUCCGGACAUCAACAAUCAGUUAAAGGGAGCACUGACACAGGUCAAUACCAGAAGAGGGUUCUUCCUCCUCAGAUUAAGAUUAUAUCAGAAUGGGAAUCGCCAUGUCGAAUAAAUGCUAUGUGUCCCAAAAGUGGUGGCGGCGUUUGGACAAGUCCCGGGUCCAAAAUGACCCACCUAAACUGUCAAGGAGAGAUACAGCAGGAGAUAAAGAGUCCUGUCUACAUCAACGAUAUCACUUUAUCCCCUACUACACACAACCUCUGGGCAUGUUCUUCAGGUAAACUGACCCGCAGAUUCAAAACAAAGGAUAAACCCCGAUGUCUGUGUAUUACAAGAGAUGGAUAUAUUCUUGUGGGAACAAAACACAGAAUUACCGAGUACACUCCAGAAGGGAAGCCCGGUAUCGCCACCAAAACAUAUUUGUUCAAGAAACCGAAGGUACGUUCACCACAGAGUAUAUCACAAUGUCCAAUCAAUGACAAUGUCGCUGUCGUUGAUAGAGAUGAUGCAGAUGAUGGUGGCAAGGACAAACCAACAGUCAUAGUGCUGGACAGACAACUACAGCAGUUAUACAGGUAUGGAGAAUCACAACAUUACAGCGGAUCUAUGUCUCUAGCUUUUCGUCCCUGGGAUGUAACGUACGACAGUCUAGGGUUGCUGGUGAUAGCUGACCUUGCCAACAAAGGCCUACAUCUGCUGAGUGGCGAUGGACAAUACCUGCGACUGUUAUAUACUGACCUAGCAUGUCCCUUGGCUGUAUUGGUAGACACGGAGGGAGUUCUGUGGGCGGUGUUUGGUUUAUCUAACACUGAUCAAAAGGUGAAACGUCUACAGUACACAAGUGUUUGAAGCAGACUAUAUUUGUUAUUACAUUUACGAGUAGUACAAAGGUCGAACAUUAUCAACUCAAGUGUCGCAUUAAACAAUUAGUUCCUCUAUAUUUGAAAGAAUUAGUUAAAUUAUCCUGCAAAUACUGUCUUUAAUGAUGUGAUAACUAACAUUAACACUUCCCAACGAAGUUUUGUUAUGAUUUUGAAUGAAAAGAUAAAUAAUAACAAUCUAUGACCUUUAAAUUUUGACAUAUAUAAGUGUAUACAUAUAUUGGUAAUCAAUCGAUUGGAUAAAUCAAGUAUAAUUACUUGGUAUCAAUUCAACCCAUUCUCUCCUUUUGUCGAAUUCCAUCUGUUUCAAAGUAUAAUUCAAACCAUGUAAAUCGUCUAUUAAUAUUGUUGUAUUUCCCACAUUCCCGAAGGGCAAUUGAACCUAUGCUAUGCCGUGGCGCAGAAUCUGUCGUCUGAUACCUUUUCUUUGAACAACCUGUUUUUCCUAAAUAACGGAAAGGCUUUGGCUUUGUAGAAUUUGAUUAACUACCGAAACUAAAUCUAUUUUUUAUUCCGUGCUUAUAUUAAGUUUGUUAUGCCACAGUUCUUCAGAACAUCUUUGUUAAAUAACCAAUAAAAAGAACUUUUCAUACAUAAUAAAUAGCUAGCAAGAAAUAGGUGGUAUCCCAUUGUGAAAGACAACGGUGUACACAUCAGGGGCUUGUUGCCUUACAAUGCUGUAGAUAAGUAUAUAAGGGUAACAUUGAGGACAGGGAAGUAGAGCUAAAUCAACUGUGCAAACAACUUCUUUUAUAAAGCAUUAAGGUACAUGUAGGUACAUGUAUAACUUUGGCCGGGUAAACACAGAUGGCCAGAUAUGUGUACCUGUAAUCACCUGGCAGAGAAGACAAACUUUCUGCAUUACAGUUAUGUUGAUAAUUUGUUGCUAUUGCUGGUGAUGGUGUUUUGCUUUUGUGUGAAAUGUAUUCAUGCUAAUUUUAUCAAUGAAACCAUACGCGUUUUGCCGGGAAAUCGUACAAGUACAGGGGGGCAUCUUGGUAGAGAAAAACAAGGCACAAACUGUAAGGAAAGUCUAAAAUGAAUAUAGGAAGGUUUUUAGGUCACCUGAGCUUUAGCUCAAUUGACCUAUUGCUAUCCGUCUUCGUGCGUCGUCGUCCG